AUGAAAGGCUCGCUGACAGCCUGCAAGGCGAUGCCGCGGGAACGGCCGCAGGUACUGGGGGGCGGUGAGGGGUACCAUGCUCUGUACCUGUAUCCCCAGUACAGGGUGGCUGCGGGGGGCACUGUGCUCUCCGUCUGCAUCCCUGCCGCACUGAGCACAGACCCCACGGUGCUGGGCAAGUACCGUGCCGGCUUCAGUGAAUGCAUGAACGAGGUGACACGGUUCCUCUCCACCUGCGAGGGCGUCAACACCGAGGUGCGCACCCGGCUCCUGGGCCACCUGGCCAGCUGCAUGACUCAGAUCAAUGCCAUGAACUACCCUGCACCCCCCCCGCCCCCGCUGCCACCAGCCGCAGCCUUUGGGCCACCCCUGGUGCCGCCGGGCAGUGGCGCGGGGCCGCUCCCGGGCAUGCCCUGCAAGCCGGGCGCCGACGCAGCCAAGGUGUACGGUGGCUUCCAGCUGCUGCCAGCCUCCGAUGGGCAAUUCGCCUUCCUCAUCCCCAGCACCGCCUUUCCUCCCGGCGGUGCUAGCUGGUGA